AUGUGCGGACUGCUGCUGCUCCGCAGUCUAUGGAUACAGGUGCUUUGCCGCUGCGGGGAGAACACUUGGCUGGCGUUACUGGAGUUUCCGCUGGAGUCAACGGCGNUCUCGCAGUGGACUCCUUCGACUUUUGACGUCCUGGGGGUGCGUUACUCACGUGGUGAGCAAUUGAUGAUGUCGGAAAAAGCUAAGUUGUUUGGAGAUACAGCCACGUACGACAAAAUUAUGGCCACUUCUGAUCUGGCGCAGCACAAGUCCUUAGGUCGUCAAGUGCGUCCGUUCAAUUACGCUGAAUGGGAGCGUCGUCGUGAAGAGAUUGUGUUUACGGGUUCGUAUGCCAAAUUUGCUCAGAACGCUGCCAUGAAACAAUAUCUGUUGGCUACAGGCAAUCGCACACUUGCAGAAGCACGACAACCUUCGAACCCCGCGCCAGACCCCCCUCCGCCGGAGCCGCCCCCACAAGAACUGAUGGAUGGUCUGUCAGACGCGCAACGCUCCAACUUCUCGCUGGUCAUCCCCAAGAAGGAUGGCUCGGUUCGCAUCACCGUCACCUACAAGCGCCUUAAUGCACUGGUGAAUUUAGACGGGCAGUCUCUUCCGCGCGUGGCCGGCAUUUUGGACUCUUUGUACACAGGGAAGGUAUUUUCCAUAUUUGAUGUCAACUCUGCCUUUCACCACAUUGUGUGCGACGAGGAGACCGUGCCUCUCACAGCCUUAUGCACGCCGACACAGCUCUUUGAGUGGCUGCGAAUGCCGCAAGGAGCUAACGCGAGCCCUUCGUGGUUCUUGAAUGUCAUCAACCGUGUGGUGCAAGGUCUGGACCGCGUCUUGGCGUAUUUGGACGAUGUCAUUUGCUUUGUCGAGGAACCUUUGGAGAAUAUGCGUAACAUGAUUGAACGCCUAGGACAGUACAACCUCAAGCUGUCUCCAGGGAAGGCCCGUGUCGGAGCUACCCACGCCAUUUUCCUGGGCCACACCAUCUCCCCAGCCGGCGUUAGUCCGGAUGGCGACAAGGUUCGGGCGCUCACGAAGAUGCCACCGCCGGCGAAUGUCAAGCAACUUCGGAGUCUCCUAGGCGGUUUUAGCUACUGCAGGGAAUUUCUGAAGAAUCUCGCCACCAAGGGCCAAGACUUCAGCUGCGUCAGGACCACGAUGUUGAUGCGCCCAUGGAUUCUCCGUGCUUGUCACACGACUGCUUCGUUUCAUUUGGGGGUACACCGCACUAUACGGCUGCUGGAGCGCUUUUACUGGUGGUCCGGCGUGGAUCGCUCGGUUCGCUGGUGGCUUCGGUCGUGUUUGGUGUGCCAGGCUCGCAAAAUUUCACGACAGACCACUCGAUGGCCUGAAAAUGCCAUGCCUCUGCCACAGGGUCCCGGCAUUUUGGUAGAAAUCGAUUUUUUCGGACCUUUGCCGGUGACCGUCAAGGGCAACACCUACAUCUUACUGUUCACGGAUCGCUUUAGCCACCGUGCGGAUAUGUUUGCGGUCACUGCGGCCGAAUUCACGACCAAAGGGACCGCUAAUGCGUUUGUGAACCAGUACAUGACAAGGUGGGGAUGUCCAACCACUUUGCUGUCGGACAAUGGAAUGCAGUUUUGCUCGAAACUCUCCUUGGCUAUCUAUGACGCCAUGAAGAUCAAGAAAGUCACCACGAACGCAUACCACCCGCAAACCAAUGGAGGUACGGAACGUGUUAUUCACACCGUGGCUCAGAUGCUUGCUGUGGCUGUCAACGAGAAGCAAACGGAUUUGGAUGUCCAUUUGCCACACGUCGAGUUCGCCUACAACAACUCUAUCAAUCAAGCCACCGGGCUAGUGCCGAACGACAUGGGACCAAUUCCGCGCUUACCGCUUUUGGUGUUUGAUCACCGUACAGUCGGUGGUCAUCAGAGCUUAGAUCGCCACCAAUUGGAGAACUGCAAUUUGGCCGUGGACCGUCAACGUCAGGCGUACGAUCUCGACCCUACAAAGUUCUUGCUGUAG